GGAGGAGGAGGAGGAGGAGGAAGCUUGCUUAUUUCGCCAAAACGUUUUAAGACACCAGUGUGUACGGGACCCGACGUCACGCGGCAGUGGGGCUGGCUUUACUACACUCUGCCUGCAUUCAUAAACGGAUAUGAUAAACCAGCGCUGAAUGCACCGGAGCAGCCACAGCAGUCAGCUCUGACCAUGGCGGAAGAGGACGACGCGAGGAUUCGGAUUUUACAGAGUCUGCGGGGUAAAAUAUGUGAAGCUAAGAACCUAGGUCCAGUCUCAGGUCCAAAUCGACAAAGGGAUCUCUGCACCUUUUGCACCAUAAGUCUGGAUCAGGAGGAGGUGUUCCGCACCAAGGUGUUUGACAAAAGCGUCAGCCCUUUCUAUGGAGAGGACUUCUACUUUGAGAUUCCACGUCCGUUUCAGUGUUUAUCCUUCUAUGUUUAUGCCAAGAGCGUUUUCCAAAGGGAACUACCUGUUGGCAAGGUGUCAAUCCGGAAGGAUGACCUGUGUAAAUACAGUGGGAAGGAGCACUGGUUUAGCCUUCACCCAGUAGAUCCUAACUCCGAAGUCCAGGGUAAGGUUCACUUGGAGAUGCGAUUGAAUGAAGUGAUCACAGAGAACGGCUCAAUAGGCCAACACUUACGAGUCCGGAUAAUCGAGUGCCAGGGACUGCCUUUGAUCAGCGGGCAGAACUGUGAUCCCUAUGCCACCGUGUCACUUGUUGGACCUGCCAGGUCUGACCAAAAGAAAACAAAAGUAAAGAAGAAAACCAGCAACCCUCAUUUUGAAGAGACCUUCUUCUUUGAGGUCACACGGUCCAGCAGCUACUCUAAAAAGUCUCAUUUCCAAGUGGAGGAGGAGGACAUUGAAAAACUUGAGAUCAAAGUUGAUUUGUGGAACAAUGAGAAUCUGGCUCAGGAUGUGUUUCUUGGGGAGACUCGGGUCCCUGUCAAGAUCCUGCGAAAUGACCACAUCCACAAAGCCUGGUAUCUCCUCCAGCCCAAAGGGAACGGCAGCAAGUCCAAGUCUGAUGAUUUGGGAUCCUUGCGUUUGAAGCUGACCUACAUAGAAGACACGGUGCUGCCAUCUGCCUGCUACACACCACUCUGCAACCUGCUGCUCAAAUCCCCAGAUGUGAAGCCCAUUUCGGCGUCAGCAGCACACAUCCUGGGGGACAUCUGCAGAGAGCGAUAUGAGGUCGUGCUGCCCAUGGUUCGACUGCUGCUCCAGCACCAUCGCUUUGUGCCUUUUGUCUCUGCUGUGGCGGCGCUAGAGCUAGACAACACUCAGGAGGCUAACACUAUAUUCCGUGGCAACUCACUGGCAACACGCUGCAUUGAUGACAUGAUGAAGAUUGUGGGGAAGAAUUACCUGGCGGUUACCCUGAAGCCUGUGAUAGAUGAGAUCUGUGAAUCCAACAAAACAUGUGAGAUAGACCCUGUUAAACUAAAGGAAGGUGAUAAUGUGGAGGUGAACAAGGAGAACCUUCAGAGUUUCGUCCAGAAAGUCUUUUCCUCCAUCACGCAGUCCAGUUCCAGCUGUCCCUCGCUUAUGUGUGAUGUCUUCAGGUCACUGAGACACUUGGCCUGCAAACGGUUCCCAGCUGACCCACAUGUUCAGUACUCGGCCGUUAGCAGCUUUGUGUUCCUGCGGUUCUUUGCCGUUGCUGUUCUUUAUCCACACUCCUUCCAACUCCGUUCCCACCAUCCUGAUCCUGAGAUCUCUCGCACACUCACACUCAUCUCAAAAACAAUCCAGACGCUGGGCAGCUGGGGUAGUUUGUCAAAAAAACUGUCUAGUUUCAAAGAAACCUACAUGUAUGACUUCUUCAAAUCAUUCCAAGAAGACAAGUGCAUCGAAAAAGUUAAAAAGUUUCUUGAUGAGAUCUCCUCUAACGUCAGCAAAGAGUCCAGUGGGGUGGAGGACGCAGUGGUUCUCAAGGAGGGGGAGGUGCAGAAACGUGCCCAGGGGAGAAAACGUCUUGGCAAGAAAAACUUUAAAAAGAGAUGGCUCAGAGUGACCAACAGAGAGCUCUCCUACCACAAACAUAAAGGGAAAGAGGCCCUCUGCAUAAUAAACGUCAAAAAUAUCCAGGCAGUGGAGAAACUGGAUGAAAGUGCCUUCAACCGCAAAAAUAUGUUUCAGGUGGUUCACUCAGAGAAGCCUCUGUAUGUGCAAGCCGGAAACUGUGUAGAGGCCAGUGAGUGGUUGGACGUCCUGGGCCAGGUCAGUCGCUGCAACGAGGAACGCCUGGCCACCUUCCAUCCAUCAAACUACACCAGUGGAGCCUGGCAGUGCUGCAAAAGCCAGAGUAACAACGCACCGGGCUGUAAGCCCUGCACAGCCCCUGUGCUGGCCAACCUGCAGCUCGACAUAGACUGUGACCGGGAAACCGAGAGGAUAUUCUCCCUCCUUUCCUCAAACGAUACCAAGCUCCAGAACAUGGAAGAUGCGUGUGCCAGUAUGGCAGUGUACCAGGGACCUCAGCGGGAGCAGGAGGACUACUCUAAGUUCACCAUUCAGGAACCCAAAGAGACCUUUCAGACACUCAAACAGCUCCGAAACAUCAUGGAGGAACUUCAGAGGCAGCACAACAUCAGGAGUGACACCACAGCGCAGUACGGGAGUCUGGACAAUCCCAUAGUAGGGAAGACCUCUUAACCAGGGCGGGGAGAUGUGGCACAGCCACACCAGCAGGUGGGCGAGGUGUUGGUACACGGCAGAGAACCUAAAGAAGCCCUGUGAGUUGCAACAAGCCCACUUUGUGCCAGGGUAAAGAGCGAACGACACACCCUGACCUCCAGACAUCACAAGUCCACUACAGUGCAGUGACAGCCUAAGAACGGGAACCAGAACGAGCUUGUGAACCUUUCCAGGAUCUCUCCCGGUCCUCGAAAAACAAACGAACCCUUAGGUGUUGUCGUUUUUCUUUUGGCAGUACGUUGCCUCAUCUCCUCCCCUCCUCUGCAUCGCAGGUCCCUUAUAAAAAAAGAAAAAGAGAAGAAAAAAAAAAAGACUUUCCUCGUCUUAAUUUAUGUCCUCUCACGUCUACAGCUGUGUGGAAAAGGCAUCAAUAGAUGGUGUGUGAAUAGGCUGCUAUUUUUUUUUUAUUCACCUGGUUUUAUAUCAACAACAGCUGUGACGAUGCUCUCCCAAUCUGUUAAGGUUUUGCCCUGACGUCCGUCUUUUAGACCUGAUUGAUAAUCAUCACCUUUCAGGAGGAUCGACCUCUGUUUGUGCCCCUUUUAUCUUUCUCUACUCUCUUAGUGUCCUUCCUCUUCUGAACAAAUGUGUACAUAUAUUUUCAGAGGACAGUUAAGUAGAUGAAGCCGAUCUGCCUUACUUCGAUGGAUGUUUCUUUCACAUUAAAUGCUGAGGGAAUAAUGCAGAAGCACUUUAAAUAUUUGGAGCACUCCAAAUGAAAAUGAUUAGAUACUUGGUAUCAGCUUUCCCCAUUUUGAUCAGUUACAUGAUCCUGAGUACAUUAAUGUUUCAUUCCUGUACAAUAACAUUUAUAGCCUGUAGAUUUUAAGAUAUUUUUCUCGACCAAAGACAAUUUCAUAGGUUUGACUUGAAAAAAAAAAAAUUAAUGUAUUUUGAAUACAAAUGUUUUAAAAAUGGAGACAAAUUAUAUAUGUAAUUCAUUUUACUUUACACUUUUUUUUCUUUUUUUUUUACUUUUUAGUGACUUAAGGCAAGCAGACUGCAUGCGUUUUGAAUCCUGAUAGCAGAUUAUCGUGGUGUCGAGUCGUAUUUCCCUGUGAUUGUGAAUCGUAUUGGUACGGUGUACGUCAGAUCUGUGCUGUCUUGUUGAGGAGCAUCGCAAACAUAUCUGUAGUGGCUUUUUAGAAACGAUGGAGAGGAAUCAACCGGAAAAACAAAUGACCCCCGUCAUCAUCAUCAGACAACCACGGCAACCAACAAACAUGUUUUUCUCUUUUCAGACCAGCAGCACUCCACAGCUCCAGCUGCUGUACUUUACAAAGUUUAAGCCACAGAGUACCGCAUGUGAGUUUUUAACUCGCAGCACUCCGCUGCCAGAACAAUCAAGAAAAGUCUGUGUAAGCAAUUAAAAAUAAAAGGGUUAUUAAUAAUGAUAUUAGACUUUAUCACACUUGUGAUAUCCAGACACGUUUGCCUAUCCUAACAGUCAUAUCUUUCAGAAGUAACACUGCAUUCGAUCAGCACAGUAAUAUAAAAUGGUCUAUAAGCUGUCAAACUUGAUUAUAAAUAUGCUUAUUAAGUCAUCAGAGCCCAGCCCACUUAGUCACACAGAUUAUUCAGUUUAUUCUAUGAAACUGAUACAAUCAGCCAAAUGCUCCAAAUUUUCACUCUAACCAGCAAAUUUUUAAACAUUUUUACAGAUUAUUGGUCAUUUGACUUCUCGAUUAGAUUUAACAGAUUGUUUGUUUUUGAACCUGGAGAAAAUGUAAUUGUGGUUUUGUCGUUUUUGUUUUCCAUCAUUUGCCCAUUUGAACAAUGAAGUGUUUGAAAUGAUACAAAAGAAACUUGAAUUUAUUUUAACAACAAAAAAGUGGAACAUUUAAUAGUAAUACAGGGUUAACCGUGUGUUUUUCUUUGCUUGUGGUUGUUUUCAGAAGUUUUGUCUUUGGUCCGUCAUAUAUUUCUAACAUGCAUGUCUUUGUGUAUUUAACAAUAUUUUUCUAGGAAAAUGUUUUUUUAUCUUUUUUUUUUUGUAAACACUGAUUUAAUGUGUUGCUAUACUGGUACGGUACCUUGUUCUUUGUCUUUAGUGCUUUGAGGCUGUCCGCUUUUGUUUUUUGUUUUUGUCGUCGUAUCCUUUUACAGUCUGUGUGUGGUUGUAGCUGCUGCCAAACCUCCACUUGUUGAUAGCUUAACGCCGUGUUCCUGAAGUGACUAUUGUGUGUAAUGUCCCACAAACUGCAGCUGGCACUGACUUAUGUUCACAUGCAGGCUGUAAGUGAAUGAACUGCCUAAUUGGAGCCAAAACACAACUGUAAGAUGAUUUAUUUAAAGAAAAAAGAAAAAAAAAGAAUUGAUCAUUGGAUGAACUUUGCUUAUGCUUGUGAAAAGUUGGUUGGAUUAAAAAAAAAAAAAAAAGACUCUGGACCAAAUUUUGACACCAAUAUGUGAAUCUGAAACUAAUCACAGCAUCAAGUUAUUGUUUUAUAUACUCUAUAAGCUUGCAUGUCAACUCCAUUGCUAGUUUGAAUAAGGGCCAGUAAACUAGCGGUUGAUGUCCUCUCAUAGUGUGCUCAUUUUCAUAUGAAAGUGAAUACAAUUUGGGUUUUUUAUUUCCACUCACUGCUUUUUAAUAAGGGAUUAUUUUGUUGUUUGUCUGCACAUUAUCCUAAAAUAAAAAGUCCUCGUCAGGUUAGAUCUGGGUGACAUGCAUGAGGAAAUGCAUGCAGUGGCUUGUUAGUUGUUGAAGUGCAUUAGGACAACAGGCUUCUUGAUUUUGACUGUGGCCAGUUUCAUAUAUUUUUUUACCAAACUGAAAGGGACAUGAGCAUAUGUGCUUUCAUAUGAAUAACAUGAAUCAAAGUAGGAGCUGGCUUGCACAUCUGAUUUGUGUUUCUGAGCACGUCAUAUCAGUUACAGACAUGAGAAAGUUCAGGUUUAUGCAAGAACAAAAAAUUGAUUUCAGGGUCUGGUGCCAAAAGUUUACUUUCAAAGCAUGGCGACCAUAUAGAAAUUAUUUUUUCAAAUACGGGCGUGAAAUUUGAGUACAAUAAACUGUCCUGUGCACGGUCAGUAGUUGCAGACAGCGAAGGGUAACACACUUCUUCUGAAUGUGUCCAUACUGCUUGAGUACAAUGUCUGUUCUUUUUUUAUACACAUGAAAUAUUUUAUUUUCCAUACAUGGUCUUUUUCUGUGUCCAUUUGAAAACAAUUUACAAUAAACACUUUGCCAAUGCU